AUGGAGGGACGUGAUUAUUAUGAAGUUCGCACGGAACCAAAACUAGUGAAUUUGAAGAGUGGAGAAGCGUGUGAAUUUGAAAUAUUUAUAACACCGCUUUGCUCUUGUAUCAUUCAGGAGAAGAUUGUUUGUGUUGGUCUUGAUAUCAAGAAAGGUAUUGAAAUGAAUGAACACGUCACAAUCAAUGCGAAGACACAAAUGACAACGCGACUUGAUUACCAUGAAUUAAAAGAAGAGAAAAAACUUGGAGAGGGUUCAUUUGGGAUAGUUUAUUUGGGUGAAUUUAGAGGCAACAAAGUGGCAAUUAAAAAGAUGAGAGAAGGGUGUGAGACCGAAGCGAAAGUUCGCGAAUUUGAGAAGGAGGUUUCGAUGUUAGACAAAUUCAGGUGUGAAUAUUUAGUUCACUUUUAUGGUGCUGUAUUUAUACCAAACAAAGUGUGUAUGGUCACCGAAUUCGCUCAAUAUGGCAGUUUAAGAGAUUUAAUAAAACAUGAGAAGGACAAGUCUCCAAAAAAUAGAGUCAAAGUGAAAUUCAUGUUAGACAUGGCAAAAGGCAUUUCUUAUUUACACAAUAAUGGCAUAGUCCACAGAGACAUCAAGCCAGACAAUUUACUCGUUUUUUCAAUGGACUCCGACGAAAAAGUUAAUGCAAAAAUGACUGAUUUUGGAAGUGCGAGAAAUACUAAUAUGUUAAUGACAAACAUGACCUUCACAAAGGGUAUUGGAACACCAAAGUACAUGUCUCCUGAAGUGUUAAAUAAAGAGAAGUACAAGAUGCCAAGUGAUAUCUUUUCCUUUGCAAUAACCAUGUAUGAAUGCUUUAAGUGGAAAGACCCAUACCCCAAAAGUGAUUUUAAAUAUGCGUGGUCGAUAGCAGAUUUUGUGGCUACUGGUAAACACCUUCCACAAAUUGAAGGAAUUGAAGAUGUGACAUACAACUUACUUGGAAAAUGUGGUGCUUUGAUGGAAACGUUCGAAUGA